GAAAUCAGCCGCACAGGUUAAGGCAAAACUGAGAACUAGAUAUACUACUUACCUGGGUACAUUAGGUAGGUUUGAGUGCAGGACAUGGAACGUAUCGGUAGAUAAUCCGUAUGACUCUUCAACAAGAAUCACUUCACCAAGAAUAGAGUAACUAACCUAAUAUAAAUACUACAAAUAUUUCUACCGACAGAGGAGCUAAGUGAAAUCUGUUCCUCACGCUACUUGUAGCUUUUAUAUGAUACCAGAUAAAGAACUCCUAUGAAAAUAUUCAAAUCCUUACCUCGUUGAAACACAUAACGGAACUUACACGACCGCUUCACUAAACCAUGUCUCCAUCUUCGAGCAACAAUGAUAGUCAGCUAUCAGGGGGAAACACGACCCACCAAGAAAUGAAAACUCCUUACUCAGUACAGAGAUACCUGAGCGUGGACUCAACUGUUCACGAACGUGUGUCUGGCGUGGUUGGGAUUGAGGAAGGAGAGCAUAGUAGGAAGGAAUAUUAUACACAAAGAGCGAAGAAGGCAUUGGAUGGUUUUGAAAAAGCUUGGAAGGACGCGAAGUAGAACUUCCUUCGGAGUCUCUUUUUUAUAGGCAUUGUUGGACUACCUAUUUAC